UUUUUUCCUUUAAAAGAAAUAAUGUCCGACAUGACAUAUAUAUAUAUAUAUAUAUAAUAUAAUAUUCUUGUAUUAAUAUGUGAAGUGAAGUCGUGAGUUAUAUUCACGUAUUUACAAGGUUCGGAAAGCGAAGCCCAGAGAUAGGAACACAAAUAUUUUGAUUGGUAGAAUCUUCAAGAGCAGCGAGUCCACAUAAUAGGAGCGAGCUCGCCGUUGAAGGGAUCUUUGAAGCUUUUCUUCUUCCUUCUUUCCCUAUGGCGGCCUCUGCUCGUGCCUUCUUCCUUUCUCGUGUCACUGACUUUUCAAUUAAGCCCCGUCUACCUCCCCAACCGCCGCCCUUGCCUUCUUUCUCCUAUUCACAUCUCACCCUUCAACGGCGCCGUUUUCCCUCUACGUCUGGUGCAACCACUGUUAGCUGCCUUGUCUCCGGUGUUGAUGGUGGUGGAGUUUCCGAUGACUUUGUUUCCACCCGGAAGUUGAAAUUCGAUCGCGGAUUCUCCGUAAUCGCUAAUAUGCUUAAGCGGAUUGAGCCGCUUCAUACAUCCGAUAUUUCCAAGGGUGUUUCUGAUGUUGCUAAGGAUUCUAUGAAGCAAACUAUUUCUUCAAUGUUGGGUUUGCUUCCUUCUGAUCAGUUCUCGGUCACCGUUAGGGUUUCCAAAAGCCCUCUCCAUAAUCUCCUCUCUUCAUCAAUCAUCACCGGGUACACUUUGUGGAACGCGGAGUAUCGGUUGUCUUUGAUGAGGAAUUUCGAUAUCUCGCCCGAUAAUUUGAUGGGCUUGGACAGGUCGAAGCCACUGGAAGUUUCGGAUAUUGAGGAGAAUCUGGUAGGCGUUGAUUCCAAUAUGGAGGAUUUGGAUACGAGGCCUCGUCUCUUGUCCGAUUUGCCACCCGAGGCCUUGAAGUACAUCGAACAGUUGCAAACGGAAUUAUCAAAUCUUAAGGAUGAACUCAAUGCUCAGAAGCAAGAAAAUUUCCAGAUAGAACAUGGCAGAGGAAACAGAAACGAUCUGUUGGAAUAUCUACGGUCGUUGGAUUCCAAUAUGGUGACUGAACUCUGCAAACCAUCUACGUCAGAGGUGGAGGAAAUCAUUCACGAACUUGUUGGAAACAUAUUGCAAAGGUUCUUCAAAGAUGAUGCUAGCUCUAGUUUCAUUGAGGAUUCGAGUGUGGCAGAUUUAGAGAAACUUGCAGAUGCUGGCGAUGAGUUUUGUGAUACUGUAGGCACUUCUCGGGAUUACCUAGCAAAGCUUUUAUUCUGGUGUAUGUUAUUGGGGCAUCACUUGAGAAGCUUGGAGAAUAGGUUGCAGUUAAGCUGUGUCGUUGGGUUGUUAUGAGAGAAGGAAGUGUAUAUUCUUUCUGUACCCUUAACCCCCCCCCCCCCCCGCGAAAAAAGAAAACAAAAAAUAACCUCUACAUUCCGUCUAUACCUUUGUAUCAUUGUUUCUUUCAAUAAAAAAGAUUAAUUUAGUC